AUGGCGGGGGACAGCGAGCAGCGGCUGGAGGAGCACGGGCAGCCCAGCGGCGGCGAGCCGUUUCUCAUCGGGGUCAGCGGUGGCACGGCCAGCGGCAAGUCCUCAGUAUGCUCCAAGAUCGUCCAGCUGCUGGGCCAGAAUGAGGUGGACUACCGCCAGAAGCAGGUGGUGAUUGUGAGCCAAGACAGCUUCUACCGGGUCCUCACCUCAGAGCAGAAAUCCAAAGCACUCAAAGGCCAGUUCAAUUUUGACCACCCAGAUGCCUUUGACAACGAGCUGAUCGUGAAAACGCUCAAAGAGAUCACAGAAGGGAAGACGGUCCAGAUUCCUGUCUAUGACUUUGUCUCCCACUCCAGGAAAGAGGAGACGGUGACUGUCUACCCUGCUGAUGUGGUGCUCUUUGAAGGCAUCCUGGCCUUCUACAGCCAGGAGGUGCGGGAUCUGUUCCGCAUGAAGCUCUUUGUGGACACGGAUGCAGACACCCGGCUGUCCCGCAGAGUGCUACGAGACAUCAGUGAGCGAGGCAGGGACCUCGAGCAGAUCUUGUCUCAGUACAUCACCUUUGUCAAGCCUGCCUUCGAGGAGUUCUGUUUGCCAACCAAGAAGUAUGCUGACGUGAUCAUUCCCAGAGGAGCAGAUAAUGAAGUGGCCAUAAACCUGAUAGUGCAGCACAUCCAGGACAUUCUCAACGGAGGACUCAGCAAACGCCAGAGCAACGGCUACCUGAAUGGCUACACUCCUCCCCGCCAGCGGCAGCCCUCAGAGUCCAGCAGCCGGCCUCACUGA